UCUGCUUAUGUGGAUCAUAUAUACUUUGGGGCUUAGGCGAAGGUCCAUCUAUAAAUACUCUCAGAAUGUACAUGUUCUUCACUGCAACUUCAUAGCACUUCGAAAAUCACAACCCCCCUGAUUUAUUUUGCAAAGUAAACAUCACAUUCACAACCCAGAAAAUGAAGCAAAAGGUGGUUAUCAAAUUAUCCUUGAAUGGAAAUGAUCAGAAAUAUCGGUCCAAGGCCUUCAAGAUUGCUGUUUCUCAGCCAGGUGUGGAAUCAGCAGCUAUGAGAGGGGAAGAGAAAAAUCAGUUAGAAGUGGUGGGAGAUGAGAUUGACGCUGUGACGCUGACAAGUUUGCUCAGAAAGAAUUUGGGGCAGGCGGAAUUGGUAAGCGUUGGCCCUGCUUCUGCUGCUGGUGGCGAAAACAAAAACAAAGCUGGUUCUGAUACAAAGCCCCAAGCUUCAGCUGCGGCCGUGGCACAGUGGCAAACUCCCUACUAUUAUACCCUGCCUCAAUACCCUGUUUAUCAAGUUAGAGAUUCAUAUGAUCAUCAACCUGGCUGUUCUAUUAUGUAAACACAAAUGCGGAUUAUAUUAUCCUACUGUGAACAUGCAUGUAGUGUGUGUAUUUUGGGGCUACAACAUCUGCACAAUCGAAGAUGCUGAAAUGUCACAGCUUGAGUAGCACUCGAGUUUCUGGUCCGUCCACAUAGCUUAAUGCAUCGAA